AUGUCGUCUUUAUUGCGUAUGAUUGACACAAAAAUUGUAGAAAGUCUUUAUCCUCAAACCGGCUGGGUUGAAAUUGAUCCUGAUGUUCUCUGGGUUCAAUUUGUUGCUGUAAUAAAAGAAUCUGUCAAAGCUGCAGGAAUAGAGAUGAAUCAAAUUGUUGGUCUUGGCAUUUCAACACAGAGAGCGACUUUUAUUACAUGGGACAAGAAAACGGGAAAUCAUUUUCACAACUUCAUUAGUUGGCAAGACCUGAGAGCUGUGGAACUUGUAAAAUCUUGGAAUAGUUCUCUUAUGAUGAAGCUAAUACACAGUUCCUGCCGAGUGCUUCACUUUUUCACUAGGAGUAAACGAUUUUUAGCAGCCAGUUUGUUCACUUUCACAACCCAGCAUGUUUCUUUGAGGUUGGCCUGGGUUUUACAAAACCUGAUUGAGGUGCAAAAGGCAAUUGAAGAAGAAAAUUGCUGCUUUGGAACUAUUGAUACCUGGUUGUUGUAUAAGCUCACAAAAGGUUCUGAAUAUGCCACGGAUUUUUCAAAUGCCAGUACAACUGGACUGUUUGACCCAUUUGAGAUGUGUUGGAGCGGGUUCAUUACCUCCCUGCUUUCGAUACCGCUCUCUCUCCUGCCUCCUGUGAGGGAUACAAGCCACAAUUUUGGAUCAGUGGACGAAGAGAUAUUUGGUGUGCCUAUACCAAUAGUGGCCUUGGUUGCCGACCAGCAGGCAGCCAUGUUUGGAGAAUGCUGCUUCCAGAUGGGAGAUGUGAAAUUAACCAUGGGAACUGGGACAUUUUUGGAUAUUAAUACUGGAAAUAACCCUCAGCAGACUGUUGGAGGCUUUUAUCCAUUAAUUGGGUGGAAGAUUGGGCAAGAAAUUGUAUGCCUAGCUGAAGGCAAUGCAGGAGACGCUGGUACUGCCAUAAAAUGGGCUCAACAAUUAGAUCUUUUCACAGAUGCUGCUGAGACUGAAAAAAUGGCCAAAAGUUUGGAAGAUUCUGAAGGAGUUUAUUUUGUUCCAUCUUUUAGUGGAUUGCAGGCUCCAUUAAAUGACCCCUGUGCAUGUGCCUCUUUUAUGGGUUUGAAGCCUUCCACCAGUAAAUACCAUCUCGUACGAGCAAUAUUGGAGUCAAUAGCUUUCAGAAACAAACAGUUAUAUGAGUUGAUGCAGAAAGAGAUCCAUAUUCCCGUAACAAAAAUCCGGGCAGAUGGAGGAGUCUGCAAGAACAGUUUUGUCAUGCAGAUGACAGCAGACCUGAUUAACGAGAGUAUAGACAGACCCGUCCAUGUUGACAUGUCGUGCCUUGGUGCAGCUUCUCUAGCUGGCCUUGCUGUUGGGUUUUGGACUGACAAGGAAGAACUAAAGAAACUGAGGCAGAGUGAAAUGGUUUUCAAGCCACAGAAGAAAUGGCAAGAAUAUGAAAUGAGUAUGGAAAACUGGGUCAAGGCAGUGAAACGCUCCAUGAAUUGGUAUCACAAGACGUAGCACUAUGCGGAAGGGCUGAAACUGGAAGUGGCCGGUUGCUGUGACACGCAGAUGGGACAAAGCUCAGGGAUAACCCAUACGAUGAGGACUGAGAGAAGAUUUAAAGAGAGUUUUACACUCAGAGAGAAAAAGCAUUGCUUUUUUGACACAAAACCAAAAAACCCUCAUUUUUAAAAAUCCAAACCUUGGUAAGAUUGUAAGGCAACAAUACCUCAGAACUUUGUAUCUUUUGUUUUGUAGCAAAUUCCAAAGAACAUUAACCGUUUCCAACCACGUUUUGAUGGUUAUGGGUCCUCCUCCUUUUUAUACUGAGUCAGUGGUAGAUGUGAACAUAAUGGUUUACUAUCUUUGAGUUAAUAGUUCUAGGUCAAGCACCAUUCACAUUUUGUUCAAAAUUAUGUGAAAAGUAUUCCUUUAAUUCUUUAAAAUUAAGUGGGCUACUCAAAGUCCAUACAGCUAAAAAGAAAGAAUAACUGAGGAAAUGUGGAAUUUUGAAACAUUAAUAUUUUAUAUUUAAAGCCAUAAUUGUUCAAUGUUGUAUUAUGUCCUUCUCAGGCUUAUUUGAUAGUCAGUUAUUUACUUUUUUGGGCUUAAAGACACUGCCUUAAUUGUUCCUUAUUUAACCAAAAUCUGAGCAUUCUUUAUGUAUUGAAAAACAUUGAAAAAAUAAUUUUAGUUAAUGAAAUUAAAAAAGGGUAUUAAUUCAUAAGGAACAAGAAAAGACUACAUUUUCCUUCUCAAAUAGAGUUUCUUUCAAAAAAUUCUAGCUAAAGCAUGACAUCCCAUCUUUUACAAAAUGCAGGAAGUAAGUAUAAUUCUUGCCUUUCUUCUCCUGUUCUUUUUCUUUUCAGUUGGUGAGAUGCUUGCAUAAAUGUCUUUGUUUUUAGUAAGUGCCUAAUUGACAGAGUUUAAUUUGAAGAAAGUGCCCUAAUUUAUUGGUGACGUAAGAAUUGCCUUCAUUGGGGUAUUUUACUUGUUCAAGUAUCUUUUUUAUUUUUGUCCAGUCUCUUCCUCUCUGAGAUACAUGCGAUGGGUAGCUGACAGAGGUGAUGGGAGUUCACUCAUGUUAGUGACUGCUCUACGGCCACUGAGCCAGAGAUCCCCAGAGAGGAGCAGGCACAGUUCUGCGUUCUCAGGCUUUCUUGAUAGAAAUAUGAAGAGGAGUACGAGUUGUGAGUAGCUUCGGGCCAGGUGUAAAAUUGUCCUAAUGCAGGUGACCACCUUCCAACCUGCUCUCCUGUUAUGUGCCCUGCCCUUCAUUUGGGCUAGGUUCCUUUUGAUUUGCAGCAAUAAUGAAUUUAUUUCCCUCUUGGUCAGGCUUUAUCACAUAACAUCCUACUGUUAUAGAGCUAGCUGUUAAAUAAUAACGUAAUUGAAGUGACUAUUACAGAGACUGUUAUUGUUGCUGUCGUAUAUGUCCAUUUCAGAGACAGUUAGAGAUGAGAACUGGGGGUCAAAUUGCAUUUCUGCAAAUUC